AUGUCUUUAGCUAGAACAAGUUAAAGUUCAAAAAAUCAAAGGAAGAGCGAAACUCGUUUUCAAUAAUAGAUAAAAACUUUAGUUUAGAAUGUAAGUUAUCCUCCUUAAAAUAUAACAAAACAAUGGAUAAAAGAGAAGGAAAAUGAAUAAAAAUAAUUAUUUGAAGAAGUUAAAUAAAGUGAAUUCCCUGGAAGAUCUACAACACUUACUCAAUUAACAGAUCUUGCAAGAAAAAUUGCAAAAAUGAGGAAAAAUUUGAAAAGUGUUGCAGAUGAUCGGAAUAGAACACCAGCUUCAGAUAAAAAGAGUAGGAAAUCUACCAAAUCAGGAAAAUCAAUAAAAAGCUAAAGUAGAAAGACUUUAAGCAAAUUAGCCCAAUCAAGAGGGCAUUUGAAAAGUUUGGAAUAGAGCAGAAGUAAAUCAUCAAAAAAGAGCAAAAAAGGAUUAAAAUCAUCGAAAACACAAAAUACCCCAAAAUUCAAAAAGAAAGCUUUUGAAAAUAAACUAGGCAGUUUUUCAAAGGUUGUGUAGAAAUAAAAAGACAGUAUAAGACCAAAUGUAAGAAUAACUGAAUCAAGAGGUUCAAAACGUAUUGCAGAUCGCAGCAUAAGUCAAUCUAGAUAGUCUUAUCCUUCAUCUAAAAAAAAAAGUAACAAUAGAGAUGCAUAUGGUUCUUACUAUGAUGAUGGAAGUUCAAUUACAGAAUCUAGUGAUUCUAAAGAAAUGAUUAAUCUGAAAUUGAAUCCUAAAUCAACUUUAUCGAAAUAUGAAACUUUAGUUGACAGUGAAAGAAAAGGAUAAGAUACUGAAAUAUGCUAGUUAAGUCGAGAGGAAAAUUUGAUGCUUACAACAAAAUUAGAAUCAAUUUCUAAAGAUAAACUCUUACGAGAAUAUCGUGUUUUAUAUUAUAGAAGUAAAGAAGUUAGAAAACUAUUAACUGAAUAUUAUGAGUAGAAUUUAACACUUAGUGAUGAACUCAACGAAUUAAAGCAAAUGUUAUGUGAAAAAUAAGCAGAGAUUAAAUAAUUAAAGAAAGAUUUAAAAUCUUAGACUAAAGAACUCAAGUUCAUGUAGGCUGAAUACAGCACUAAAUUAGAUCAACUAGGAAAAUCGUAUUAAUAAUAAGAAAUGAAUUCUGUUCCUUUGGAUGAUUAUGAUAGGAUGAAAUAAGAUAAUGAAAAGCUUUUAGUUGAAAACGAAAUGUUGAAGGAUGACUACAAAGAUAUAUCUUCGAAAUUACAAUAAAUUGAGAAUGAGAUCUAUUAAAAGAGAUAAUAUGAGCAUCCUGAACAAGAUAUUUCUUAAAGAUUGCAGAGAGAAAUUGAUACUUUGAAGGAUUAGAUAGAUAAAAUAAGGGAAGAAAAUAUUAAGCUUAAAUUGCAACUAGAUAAAGAGAUGCUAAACAAUCGAGAAUUGUCUUAAUAGAUUAAUUUUAAGAAAAAUGAGAUUGAUGGAACAGUUGAGUUGAAAUAAUAAGAACUAUUCUAAACAAAAACACAAUUAUAGACUGCAAAUACAAAAAUUUAAAAAUUAGAAUAAUAAAUUAAUCAAAUGAAAUAUUAAAUAAUAGGUGAUCAAGAGUAAUCUUUCUAGGUGAAAGAAAAGAUAUAGAGACAAGAAGAAGAAUUAAGAAUAGCCAAUCUAAAAGUUGAGAAUAGAGAAAAAGAACUCAAUGAAUAAAAAUCUAAAGAAUUGGCGUUAAAAAAGAAAAUUCUUGAACUAGAAUAAAAAGUAGAUAACUAAGCCUCAAUUUCUCAACCAUAUUUUGAACCGAACUUCUCUCUUAAUAAAUCCAAUAAUGCAGAAUCAUAUAUAAGUAAAGAAUUAUAAGCAGAGAGACAAUUUUUGGCAAAAACCUAAGAAUAGUUAAUGAAUAUUCAAGUCGAAAACGAAUAAUUAAAGCGAAAUGUAAAAUAGUUAGAAUUGGAAUUAUCAUUUGAAAAAUAAUCUAAUGAAUAAAUUAAGGCUAGGUUAGCUUAAUUGUAGCACGAAAAGGAUAUCACUAUAUAGAGAGUCUAAAAGUAAUUUGAAGAAACUGAAAAUAGUAGAUUGAAAGAAUUACUUGUAGCUGAAUAAUCUUAAAAAAACUAAGAUAAUAUGUUAUAUAGUGCUUAAUAAAGAAUAAAUGAAUUAGAAAGUGAAUUAAGAAUAUUGAAUAAGUAAGAAUAAGAAUUGAAAAAUUAAAUCAAUGAUUUAAGAAUAUAAUUUGAAAGACAAUAAAUAAAAAUGGAAUAAAAUGAAAUAAAGUUAGCUGAUUUAAAUGAUUAAAUAUAUUAAGUUGAAUCUGAAAAUCUACAUUUAAAUGAAACUAAUAAGCAACUCAGAAUCCAACUUCAACAAUUAAAUAGGGAAGUCGAUUAAAUUGAUAGAAUUAAGGAUAAUUAUAAAGUCAAAUAUUUACAUAGUCGCAACGAAAGCAAAAAAUCAAUGCAUUAAUAUCCAGAAAAAGAAAAUGUGAUGAGAUAAACAUACACAAAUGAAGUGGAGAGAAUAAGAAGUGAAAAAGAAUAAUUAGAACGAUUAAAAAGUUAAGAGGAAUAGCAACGUAUCUAAAGAGAUAAAAAACUACAAGUUAUCAAUGAUUUGUAAUAAAUGAUUAAAGUCAAUAAAAAAUCAUUUGAUAAAUGA